AUGCAUAUGUGGGGGCACGGAUCUGAAUACAGAAAAGGUCCAGAUUCGCUUAAAGGAACACAACCAGCGGCAAUGCUAAGGUUACCAUGUUAUUGUUGUGCUCAAGGUUGCAAGAACAACAUCAACCAUCCUCGUGCCAAGCCAUUGAAAGAUUUCAGGACACUUCAAACACACUUCAAACGAAAGCAUGGUGCAAAGCCGUUUAUCUGCAGAAAAUGUGGGAAGACAUUUGCAGUUAAAGGAGACUGGAGAACACAUGAAAAAAAUUGUGGAAAGUUAUGGUAUUGCACUUGUGGUUCGGAUUUCAAGCAUAAAAGAUCUCUAAAGGAUCACAUUAGGUCAUUUGGGAAAGGCCAUUCUCCACACCCGUCUCUCGAUGGCUUUGAUCAAGAUGAGAAGGAAUGCAUCACCGGCUCUGAAGAUGAAAUCGCUCGCUAG